AGCGAUCGAAGAAUUUGGCGCGUCGGCGGAGCGAUGACUAACACGGCUCGUACCGUUAGACCGAAUCGUUACCCAAGCUAGAGAAUGCCAAUUUCAUGCGGUUUACGGUACUCAAAUUGCGCGUUAGAGGGAUACAUUGACUAUAUAACGAUCGCGUCCGACCUUCCUUUCGGAGUGCGAUAAAUUUGUCGAGUCAUAGAUGAAAACAAUAAACACGUUUAAACGAAGUUGAUAACGUCUAUCAGAAAAUUCGAUGCAAUGGCAUCCUCUCGAGACAGAGAAAGAGAGAUGCCGAGGAUGAUGUGGCUAGUGUCUAGAACGUGGCUCGUCUUUCUUCUGCUGGCAGUUGGUCGUUGCGAGACAGAGGAUGAACCCGACAUGUCCAGCGCUUUUAUCGAAGCUGCCAAGUCUUUUUUUACAGACAGAGAUGCCGUUGGUGGACUUCAGAGCAUAGCGAACGCUGUCGUACAAUCGAAUGUGGGCAAACAGAUCAGCGACACGCUCAGCGACACGAUCAUUGGCAAAUCUGGUGAGAACGGAAUCGACGAGAUGCUUUCGAAGGUCGGUGAUAUCUUGGCGAACGAACGAAAUAAACAAAACGACAUAUUCUGGAACUCCUUGAUAAAUACUUUCUCUUCGAUGAUUGGAAGCACUGCCAACAAUGCGGACGAUACCAAAGAAGAGCAAAGCUUCAGCUUCGACAGCAUGAUUAAUAUCGGUAAAAUGUUGUUAGGGCAACAGGAAAACCGCGAAGUUCUUUUAGGUUUAUUACCAAUGAUCAUGGAUGCUUUCAACAACGGCGGAGAAUCAACAGGUUUCUUGAAGAAGCACGAUCAUUCCGGACACUCUUGGUUCUUACCACCCAUAUUGGAAAAUCUUCAUGUUAUGUGGGAUCACUUUAGUCAUUCCGACUUAGGUCAUGCCAUUUGGGGAAAGAGCGGCCUCUCAGAAUUUGUCGCUCAAAUGUCAAACGAGAAGGGUAACAUAGAGUACGAAAAGAUUCUUGGCAGUUUUGAGAAUCCUUCUUUACGCAGGCACUGGAUCAAACUGUCGACGAAUUUCAUAGCAAAAUGGGUCGCUCACGUGUCCGAUCCAUCGACGAGACUACGUUUCUUGACGACUAUCCAAUUCAUUGGCAACAGUUUCCUCAAAUCUCAGGGCUAUCCGAGAUCCGUCAUGUUCGACACUAACAAACCGGCUGAGAGCAUUUCCAGAUUGCUGAACGUUGCUGUAAGGAAACACUUGAAUAUGAAGAUAGACAGCAGUCAAUACAUUGGACCAGCGAUCGCUUAUAUUCAGGAACUGGUUAACUUAGCUUCCGAAAAAGGUUUCAUAAUGUCAAGAAUAAGUGCCAGAGAACUCAGUAAUAAGCUAACCAAUACGAUCAAUAACGAUAUCCUGGAACCCAUUCUAAGAUCUCAUCGCGCAUACAAAUGGGCGAUCAAACAUCCAGAAUGUGCGAGUCAGAUACUUUGUACUCUCAAUGAAAAGAAUGAAAACGACGCACCGAUCUUACGUACUUCGAUCACGAAAAUCUUAAGCUUCCCAACGGCCUGGAUCGUAAGUAAUCAAAUAAAUGUCAACUUUUGGAUUCUUUAUGGAUCUCUAAUGGAGCACAGUGGAUGUAUCGCCAAAUAUCCAGCCAACUGUACGUCUUUUCACGAAGAAGAAAUCAGAGUAACUACCGAAAAUAUAGAACACAACGAACUCUGAAGAAUUUCGUGAGGCGCGUCUAAGA